AUGUCCUCAGACUCGACUCCCAUUACUCCUCUCCGUAUUACCAUUGUUGGCGCCGGUCUUGGCGGUCUCGCUGCUGCCCUGGCCCUGCGGCAAAACGGGCACAUUGUGCAGGUGUUUGAGAGGUCGGAGAACAAGACGGAGGUUGGCGCAGCGCUGGCGCUGCAGCUGAACGCCAUCCGCGUCUUGGAACAUUUUGGCGUCCAGGUUAAGAACUUGAAGGGUGUUUCUUUUCAGGGUUCGCUCAUCCGCACGCAUGUGCUUGGAUAUGCCCAGAACGCCUCACCGACUGGGAUCGUUUGUUGUCGCGCAGUGUUCCACACACCCUCUGCAGAGAGCAUCCAGCCGGGUCUAGAGUGGCUCACCACGGGUAUCCGGGGCAUCCGGAACGGAGAACUGAUCAAUUCAGCUCACUUCUAUACGGAAACAGAUGAGGAGAAGAAGGACGUCUCGAGCCCAGUCUCGACCCCAUCGAUCUCUCCAGCGGAAGUGCGCGCCAAAUUCGCCGACUACCACUCCAAGUUCCACCGCCUGCUAGAUCUGCCGAACCACACCGGAACCAUCUUCCGCUGGCGACUGCGGACGCUCCCUGCGCUCCCGACGUGGUGCAAAGGUCGCACCGCGCUUCUGGGAGAUGCCGCCCAUGCGACGCUCCCGUUCCUUGGGCAGGGCGCGGCGAUGGCCAUCGAAGAUGCGGCUGUUCUUGCCUGCCUCCUGCCCAUCGGCACCACACCUGAGGACAUUCCUGGUCGACUUGCGGUGUGGGAGCAUGUCCGCAAGCCAAGGGCAGACUACGUGAGCAAGGCGAGUAUUGAACAGAUGGAUAUUAUUGUAGCUGGUCAGCAAGCCACCACACUGAUCAAUGGUGACACGCGCCCGAAGUUGGUGGAAUACAAUGCUAUUGCAGCUGGUCGACGGGCCUAUCAGGACAAUUUCACUGGCGGGCAGAAGGCCUAG